GACGCAAUCAACACACGCUCAGUUUUGGCGGAAGGCGGAAUGCAGCGGCAGGCUAGCUUGGUUUUCAUUGAGAGUAAAAUAAUAGUAAACAAUUAAUGUGAGUGAAGUAAAUUCAUUGAUAAAGGGCAAAUUUAGCACUUUGCCACUUGAUCAAAAAAUAGAAACGAAACGUUUGGAACCGCAUCAGCCGGUGGAUAUUAACAUUGCUGUUUGAACAAUGAAAAGGGACGAAACCCGCCCGUUCAACCCGGAACGGCUCAAAAGGAAAACAUGGCUAACUGCGUUUGUGAACAGAAUGUUGCAGUUUGGCUUUCCUUGCCUGUUGUUGGGAGGAGACACUACAUCUUCUACAGUUGGAUUCAAAGAUUCGAAGCUUUCAGAACAUCUGACUAAACAUGAAUUCAUUCAUGAAUUAUUGGACUUUAAUGGACAUGUUAAUGACAAAUGUGCCCAGACGAAAGAUCGACGUGCCUCCUUUCUAUUCAAGAAAUAAACAACACUGAUUGGCACAAAUUUACUGGGAAAGGAUGGCCGGAACAGCAAAUAAUCCAUUCCAACGUAUCCUUGAGCCUUUGGAUCCCCAGGUUGCAAAUCAGAUGUUUUAUAAUCUCUGCAAACUUGAAGAUCCAAGAUACAACAGCUUGCCAUUCUCCAUCCGUGUCCUCUUGGAGUCGGCUGUCAGGAACUGCGACGGAUUUCUGGUGAAGCAGUCAGACGUGGAAAAUAUCCUCAACUGGAAGCAAACCCAGACGCAGACGGUGGAGAUCCCAUUCAUGCCAGCACGUGUCAUCUUGCAGGACUUCACCGGCGUACCUGCUGUGGUGGAUUUCGCUGCCAUGCGCGAUGCGGUGAUUAAGCUGGGCGGAGAUCCUGAGAAAAUCAAUCCCGUUUGCCCAGCUGACCUGGUCAUUGAUCAUUCCGUCCAAGUGGACUUUAACAAAAAGUCUGAUAGCCUCCAGAAAAAUCAAAACUUGGAGUUUGAACGCAACAAAGAGAGAUUCCAGUUCCUGAAGUGGGGUUCCCAAGCUUUCAGGAACAUGCGCAUCAUUCCUCCGGGUUCAGGAAUUGUCCACCAAGUCAACUUGGAGUAUUUGGCCCGGGUGGUGUUUAACCACGAAGGGUUUUUCUACCCUGACAGUCUGGUGGGCACCGAUUCCCAUACCACGAUGAUUGAUGGCCUCGGCGUCCUAGGUUGGGGUGUGGGAGGCAUUGAAGCGGAGGCAGUGAUGCUGGGGCAGCCAAUCAGCAUGGUCCUACCUGAGGUGGUUGGAUACAAGAUGUACGGGAGUCCGGACAAGUUCAUUACCUCCACAGACAUUGUUCUCACUGUCACCAAGCACCUCCGUCAAGUUGGGGUCGUGGGGAAGUUUGUGGAGUUUUUCGGGCCCAGCGUGGCGCAGCUGUCCAUCGCGGACAGAGCCACCAUCUCCAACAUGUGUCCAGAAUAUGGAGCCACCGCAGCUUUCUUUCCAGUGGACAAUGUCAGCAUCGAAUACCUCAAGCAGACCGGGCGAGAAGCGCAAAAACUGACCCACAUUACAAAGUACCUGAAGGCUGUGUCCAUGUUCCGGGAUUACAGCGAUGAAUCCCAGACUCCAGAUUUUAGUCAGGUCGUCGAGUUGGACCUCAGUACUGUGGUGCCAUGCUGCAGUGGCCCUAAAAGGCCCCAAGACAAAAUUCCCCUUUCAGACAUGAAGAAAGACUUUGAGGCCUGCCUGGAAGCAAAGCAAGGUUUCAAAGGCUUUGCAGUGGCUCCGGAUUCUCAGAGUGCGACGGUCCCCUUCCAGUUAGAUGGAAAAGACUACACGCUAAGCCACGGCUCGGUCGUGAUUGCAGCCAUCACCAGCUGCACAAACACCAGCAACCCAUCCGUCAUGCUUGGAGCAGGACUCCUCGCUAAAAAGGCAAUCGAGAAUGGGUUAAGUGUGAAGCCUUACAUCAAGACCAGCCUUUCACCCGGCAGUGGAGUGGUGACCUAUUACCUGAAGGAGAGUGGUGUUAUGGACUAUCUCUUUCAGUUAGGCUUUGAGGUUGUCGGCUAUGGUUGCAUGACGUGUAUAGGCAACAGUGGACCCCUACCAGAGCCUGUGGUGGAGGCCAUCACCCAGGGCGAUUUGGUCGCUGCAGGUGUCCUGUCAGGAAACCGAAACUUUGAAGGUCGCGUUCACCCCAAUACCAGAGCCAACUACCUUGCCUCGCCGCCACUUGUCAUUGCUUACGCCAUAGCUGGGACUGUCAAGAUUGACUUUGAGACAGAACCUAUUGGCAUUAGUUCUGAUGGUCGAGAGGUCUUCUUACGGGACAUCUGGCCCACACGGGAGGAGAUCCAGAGAGAGGAGAGAAAGUUUGUCAUUCCGUCCAUGUUCAGAGAAGUCUAUGAGAAAAUUGAGAAAGUCAAUGAACGCUGGAACUCUUUGGUGGCUCCGUCCGAGAAAUUGUAUCCCUGGGAUGCCACGUCAACGUACAUCAAGUCCCCGCCCUUCUUUGACGGUUUGACCAUGCAGUUAAAUCCUCCUCGGGUCAUAGACGGCGCCUACGUGCUGCUCAACUUGGGUGACUCGGUCACUACAGACCACAUUUCCCCAGCUGGGAACAUCACCAGAAGCAGCCCCGCAGCCCGCUACCUCUCAAGCAGAGGUGUAACCCCACGUGACUUCAACUCUUACGGCUCCCGUCGAGGCAACGACGCGGUCAUGGCCCGCGGUACGUUUGCCAACAUCCGGCUGCUGAACAAAUUCCUCAACAAGCAGGCACCCCAAACCAUUUACCUGCCAACUGGGGAAGUGAUGGACGUUUUUGAUGCUGCGGAGAAAUACGGCCAGUCGGGAGUCCCUCUAUUGAUUCUUGCCGGGAAAGAGUAUGGCUCCGGCAGCUCGAGAGACUGGGCGGCGAAAGGUCCAUUGUUACUGGGCAUCAAAGCUGUUCUAGCCGAGAGCUACGAGCGGAUCCAUCGGAGCAAUCUGGUGGGGAUGGGAAUAAUCCCGCUGGAGUAUUUACCGGGAGACAACGCUGAGAGCCUGGGCUUGACCGGAAGGGAGCGCUUCCACAUUGACAUCCCCGAGAACAUCACCACGAGGAUGAUUGUUGCCGUGACGCUCGACACAGGAAAAACAUUUAACGUACGGAUGAGGUUCGACACAGACGUGGAACUGGCCUAUUUUCACCACGGCGGCAUCCUGAACUACAUGAUCCGCAAGGUGUCUGAGAAUUAACGUCUGAGAUCCAGGGUUAUCCUAAUGAUUAGACCAGGGGUGUCCAAAGUGGGUCCUGCAGGCCCGGAGCUGGACAUGCCUGGAUUAGACCCUUAACGUAAAAUUCAACAAACCAUUCCUGUUUAAGUGAAUCGUUUGUAGAAUUGGCUGAACAACUGUUUCCUCCAUUUAUUUUGCCUUAAUUUUUGUCAUAUGUACGUAAUUACAUAUCUACAUCCUGUAUAUUUUGCCAUGCAUGGGAGAAUCGCGGAGUAACUCCUCAGAUUAUUUUGCAAUAUUUACCAACUGACAAUAUGAAAAUACAGAUGUGUGCAAUAACUGAUAUCUCUUAGCUACGCAAGUCAUAUAAGUGUGUCAUGGGGGAUUCUGUUUUGGAUUUGCAUUAAAUGGAUACUUGUACAUAACUUGUAAGACUUGACUCUCUGAGUACAUAUAAAUACAGUUGAGUUGAGUUGAGACAGUUUGAACAUGUACAAUAAAAAUACUUAAUUACUUAACAGUGUGGGACGAAUAAAGGAUAUCUUAUCUUAAAAUGUAUUGAAUCAAAAACAUUUAAAAUAAACCUUUAUUAAAGCUGAA